GGGAAGGAACAGAGCGGAGCUCAGAGCACGCUGCCAUCUUUACCUCGCUCAUCUUCUUUUCCUGUCCAUUCUCCCUCUCGCACUGGAAUGAAUGUAACUGCUGGUGUUCAUCAGUGGGUUUCGCUACGAAGGAAGGCUUAGGCGCUGGGCACACACAUCCCAUCGAGCCGUAGCUCAGCAGCGUCUCGUCUACUGCAGGGCUUGGACUUCGGCCUGACAGGGGACACCAUGGAGGCCCCGCUCGUGUGUUUGGAUGAGGAGUUUGAAGACCUGCGCUCCUGUCGCAUGGACGAGCUGGACCAUCCGGCGCUCAACCACUCCACCUACUCCACCACCACCACCGUCGCUCUGGCCUCCAUCACCCGGGAGGACUUCUCUGAGCUGGAGAACUUCUCUGAGAUGAUGAGCUUCAAGUCCAUGGAGGACCUGGUCAACGAGUUUGACGAGAAGCUCAACGUCUGCUUCCACAAUUACAACACCAAGACGGAGGGCCUGGCGCCCAUCCGCAACCAGGCACACAGCCAGGAGGAUGAGGAGCGGCUGCGGGAUGAAGAUGUGUGGGACGCUCUAACUGACAACUACAUCUCCACCUGGGACGGCGCCGACGCGGAGGGUCUCAACGGAAACCUGUCCGAUCAGGAGAUCCACGAAAAAGAGGAAGAAGAGAUGAAUGAGAAGAACGACAAUUGUGCGAAUGAAGAGCCUCUCAUCACUGCUGAUCAGGUCAUUGAAGAGAUCGUGGAGAUGAUGGAGAACUCUCCGGAUCCUGGAGAAACCGAGGAGGAGGAUGAGGGGGAGAGCGGCCAGUGCUCCUUCCAGACCAAGCCCCCUCUGCUGGAGGAGAUCAGGAAGCUGUCAGAGGCCUCCAACGACAACAGCUCCUCUGGAGGCCUGAGCCUGAUGCACAGCUCUGCACUGCUGGAGCUGCUGCACCGGGUGGAGGCUGCCAUUCGGACGUACUCUGAGGAGCUGGUGAGCCAGCUGGCGCGGCGCGAGGAGCUGGCCUUCGAGAAGGAGGUGAAGAACACCUUCAUCACGGCCCUGAUGGAGGUUCAGAACAGGCAGAAGGAGCAACGGGACAGCAGCAAACGGCGGCGCCGGGACAAGGCCCUGAGCCUGCAGGGAGGGGCCCCGCCUGUGAACGCGGGCUCCGCAGGACGCCCGGAGAGGACGGGAGGAAUGCCCGUCAAACGCUUCAGCAUGGAGGGACUGUCCAACAUCCUGCAGACGGGCAUCAGACAGACAUUUGGAGGCACAGGCAACGACAAACAGUAUCUGAACACAGUGAUUCCAUAUGAGAAGAAGGGCAGCCCUCCAUCCGUUGAUGACCUGCAGAUGCUCACAAAAAUUCUUUACGCCAUGAAGGAGGACAGUGAGAAGGUGCCUACGCUGCUGACUGACUACAUACUGAAAGUCUUGUGUCCCACCUAGAGCCCCUGCAGGCUCGGGGGCCACAGCGUGACGGGGGGCUCUUCUCUGGAGUCCCACUCUCCUCACUCGUGCUCCAAGCUGCAUGACCUCCCAUCCUUUACAACUAUCAGCCAUGGAUCCUCACCAUCGACAUUAUUCUCUUCACCCUAUGACUGCUGCCUUCUGCUGAGCUCACCCUCUCCCCUGCUGCACAGCAGGCUCAGGCCAGACACCACCAGACGCCAAACCAACACGAGGGGCUUCACUAAUGGAGCUUCACACGCUGUUAAUGACUUUGGUACAUGAACACAACAUUAUGUUGUUCACAGUCAUUGUUUAUUUUGUUGUUUUCACACAUGAUUAAUUCAAAAGGACUACACUGCAAGAAAAUGUAAAUCCCCUGCUGCAUCCUCCAGUGAUCACCCUCCUGUACUGUUUCAGAUGAAUCUCCUUCAUUUGAACUCUAAAGCCAUGCACCUUCUCUGCCAACUUAGUACUGUAGCUCAUGACUGACACUAACACCACUAUUUACGGGUGCAGCACGUUGCUUUUCUGUUUCCUGGUCUCUCUUACAUUUGGUUCCACUUAAAAUCCAGUGUUCUUCUGACUUUUUAGUCAUUUCCUUUUGUUUGUAUCAGGAUUUUUUAUAUAAACUUUGUUGCUGAUUUUCUAUAUCACUCACAAUGUCGUCAGAGAGAAACAAGCUUCUGUGCAUUUCAUCCCGUUCCAUCAGGGAAUUUCCCGUGGACAGAUCAUCCGGAUCAGAUGAGCUCAAUAAAGGCCAGCAUAUUAGCGUAUUUACGACUUCCUUUGCGCCAUGUAGGUGAAUGUUACAAUGCUAAUCGUAAAUUCUAAUAAAUAUUAGACACAAA